UGAAGGUGUGCGGCACCACGGCGUAUGUUGCACAGACGGCAUGGAUCCAGAACGGCACUAUCGAGGAGAACAUCCUGUUUGGGCUGCCAAUGGACGGGGAGCGGUACAAGGAGGUGAUCAGGGUGUGCUGCCUGGAGAAGGACAUGGAGAUGAUGGAGUUCGGCGACCAGACAGAGAUCGGCGAGCGCGGGAUCAACCUCAGUGGCGGGCAGAAGCAGCGCAUCCAGCUCGCCCGCGCCGUCUACCAGGACUGUGACAUCUACCUCCUCGACGACGUGUUCAGUGCCGUUGAUGCGCAUACGGGCAGUGAGAUUUUCAAGGAAUGUGUGAGAGGUGCUCUGAAGAACAAGACUGUGGUACUUGUGACUCACCAAGUCGAUUUCUUGCACAACGCCGAUAUCAUAUAUGUCAUGAGGGAUGGCACGAUAGCCCAAUCUGGCAAGUACGACGAGCUCAUCCAGCGCGGCUCAGACUUCGCGGCGCUCGUCGCGGCGCACGACAGCUCCAUGGAGCUCGUCGAGAGCGCGGCGCCAGUGACGGAGAAGGGAGAUGCGCCGGCCGUCUCCCGGCAGCCGUCCGCCAACGGCCACGGCAGCAACACGUCGAACGGAGACGUGUCUGUGGUGGCGGCCAAGGCGGAGAAGGCGUCGGCCCGGCUGAUCAAGGAGGAGGAGCGCGCGAGUGGGCACGUGAGCCUGGCCGUGUACAAGCAGUACAUGACAGAGGCAUGGGGGUGGUGGGGCGUGGCGCUGGUCAUCGCCGUGUCCUUGGCGUGGCAGGGUUCCGUAAUGGCCAGCGACUAUUGGCUCGCCUACGAGACCUCUGCAGAGAACGCCACCACAUUCCAGCCGUCGCUUUUCAUCCAUGUUUAUGCCAUCCUGGCCGCGGUCUCCGUGGUGCUCGUGUCGGGCCGGUCUUUCCUCGUGGCAUUCAUCGGCCUCCAGACCGCCAAUUCCUUCUUCAAGCAGAUCCUGAACAGCAUCCUCCACGCGCCCAUGUCCUUCUUCGACACCACCCCAUCCGGCAGGAUCCUCAGCAGGGCCUCGUCAGAUCAGACGAACGUCGAUCUGUUCCUGCCGUUCUUCGUCUGGCUCAGCGUGUCCAUGUACAUCACGGUGAUCAGCGUGCUGAUCGUCACAUGCCAGGUGGCGUGGCCCUCGGUCAUCGCUAUCAUCCCUCUGCUCAUUCUCAAUAUGUGGUACCGGGGCUACUACCUGGCAACAUCGAGGGAGCUGACUCGCCUCGAGUCCAUCACCAAGGCUCCGGUGAUCCACCACUUCUCAGAGACGGUUCAGGGUGUCAUGACCAUCAGGUGCUUCAGGAAGGGGGAUAGCUUCUUCCAGGAGAACCUCAACCGGGUCAAUUCCAGCUUGAGGAUGGACUUCCACAACAAUGGCGCCAACGAGUGGCUCGGGUUCCGCCUAGAGCUGGUCGGGAGCUUUGUUCUCUGCUUCACAGCCUUGCUCAUGGUCACUCUUCCCAAAAGCAUUGUCAAGCCAGAAUUUGUUGGUCUCUCGCUCUCCUAUGGUCUAUCUCUCAACUCAGUGUUGUUCUGGGCCGUAUGGAUGAGUUGCUUCAUCGAAAACAAAAUGGUCUCGGUCGAGAGGAUAAAGCAAUUUACAAACAUAGCAUCUGAGGCAGAAUGGAGGAUCAAAGACUGCCUACCUGUUGCAAACUGGCCGACAAGAGGCGAUAUCGAUGUCAUUGAUCUCAAGGUUAGGUACCGGCAUAACACACCACUCGUGCUGAAGGGCAUCACGCUACGCAUACACGGAGGAGAGAAGAUUGGAGUUGUCGGUAGAACUGGCAGUGGGAAAUCAACAUUGAUCCAGGCCCUGUUCAGAAUAGUGGAACCUUCAGAGGGGAAGAUAAUCAUUGACGGCGUUGACAUCUGCACCUUAGGACUCCAUGAUCUGAGGUCUCGGUUCGGUAUCAUCCCUCAAGAGCCAGUACUCUUUGAAGGUACCAUCCGGAGCAACAUUGAUCCGCUCCAGGAGUACUCAGAUGUUGAAAUUUGGCAGGCCUUGGACCGGUGUCAGCUGAAAGAAGCCGUGACAUCAAAACCUGAAAAGCUUGACGCAUCAGUUGUUGACAACGGUGAGAACUGGAGUGUGGGACAACGGCAACUGCUUUGUCUAGGCCGGGUGAUGCUGAAACACAGUAAAAUACUGUUCAUGGAUGAGGCCACUGCAUCCGUGGAUUCCCAAACCGACGCUGUGAUUCAGAGAAUCAUCCGGGAAGACUUUGCAGAGUGUACAAUCAUCAGCAUUGCGCACAGGAUACCGACGGUCAUGGACUGCGACAGAGUCCUGGUCAUAGAUGCAGGACUAGCCAAGGAGUUUGACCGGCCUGCCGCCCUGAUUGAAAGGCCAUCGCUCUUUGGUGCAUUGGUUCAAGAGUAUGCAAACCGGUCAUCUGACGUGUAGCCAAUGAGGUAAUGGCCAAUUUUUGAGUUCAAAAUUUGGGAGGAAUUCCUGGAUGGGGAUCUUCAGGAGGUGACACGCGCAACCUUCAUUCAAGCUCUCUGAGCAGCAUGUCCUAAAAAAUAUGUGAGCUGUGAUUGAUCAUGAGAAAGAUCAGGAGAAGCCAGAGUGUGAGGUAGGCAUCGAGAUGUGCAGAGACAAACUCCAAGAUAUCUUUGGGCCCAUCAAGCUUGAAUGUUUUCUUCUACUAUGAGCUAAAGCUGGUAUAUAAUGUAUUUUGCAAAUAUUUUUAGUUCAACGGUGACCUGUAUGAAACUGAGUCUCACGGGAUUUGAAGAACAUUUCUUUGUCCGAGAGAAUGUGAAAACGUUUGGUUCGUGCUGUUUAUACUACCUCCAUUCUCUUUAA